AUGCAGCUCGGCUCGCUUGUCGCGGCUCUCGGCGUGGCCGAUGUCGUGGAUACGGAAGGUCCCAGGCCGCUUAUCCGGGUCUGCCUCUUCUUCACGCUUCUCUCUUUGUGGCGAACUUGUGCAGGCGAUCUGCCAGAGGAGCCAGCGCGCAGCUGGCGUUCGCUUUGGGCAAAGGCCAUGUCGGAGCCCGGUCUUUUCCUGUUGGCUUCCGCCAUGGCUGCCGGAUCAGCGAUGGUAGCAUUUGCUACCGCCAUCUUCGGCGACCAGGGUAGAGUUCUCACCGCACUCGGCGUGUCCGCGCUGAUGGUGGUCUUCUCCUUCAAGACCCUGCCGCGGGUCCUGGCACGGAGCAACCUGUAUAUGUUCAUCACCUCCAUCGCCUACCUGGACCUUUCCGGCCCUUUGUCGUACUGGUACACAGGGACGGAGAGCUGUGUGGAAGACGGCCCACACUUCACCUACGCUUACUACCUGGCCAUCUCCAAUGUUGUUGGUGCCGUCGGCUCCAUCCUUGGUGCAGUCAUCUUUCAGUACAUGCAGGACUGGACCUUCCGCCAGGCUUUCUGGGUCACAACGGUGAUCCAAGUGGUGGCCUCGUGGUUCGAUCUUCUCAUCAUCUCCCGGUACAAUCUCAAGUUCGGGUUUUCGGACAAAGCUGCCUACCUCUUCGGAGACGCGGCUUGCCAGAGCCUAGCGCAGCAGAUGGCGCUGAUGCCUCAGGCCCUCCUCACUGCAAGGCUUUGCCCUCGUGGUGCAGAGGCGACCGUCUUUGCCAUUCUGGCCGGUUUCCAGAACUUCGGAUCGAACAUCGGAUCGCUCCUGGGCGCACAGCUCUCCGAUCACUUUGGCAUCACUUGCAGCAGGAUGGGGCCCUGCAACUUCGAGUGGCUCAAGACGCUGAUCCUGGUGUGUCACAUGCUGGUGCCCUUGGCCUGUCUGCCGCUAACCUGGGUCCUCGUCCCUGCUGCCGUCAUCAGCGACGAGGGCGCUUUCGAGAUGUGCCCCGGCAGCUAUGACCAAGGGCUCAAAACGACCCAGUGCAUGAAACCAGCGCGGACAUAG